AUGGAUCCAUUUCACGCCGCAUGCGGCAUUUGGACGGACUUCGAGCUGCCAUUACAUCGUCAACUUUGUGACGAUCUCCCCGCCUUGUGGAAGCAGCCUGCUACGAGUGGCGAGCUGGACGCUGGGUGCGUGCGAAAUCUGGAGUACGGCGGCGGUGGCUCGGAGGGUGCGCCCGGUCGCGAACUGAAGAGUCUCAAGAAAACGAGCCCACCCCUCGCAACAUCCGACACAGUACAGCGCCAUCUCAGUCGGUACCGCGCACCUUUGAGGGAAGAGGACGAGCAGCCUGUACGCAAUAGAUCAACAUCGAGACUCUCGCGUGCAGAAGCAACACCCACAAGAGCACCGCAAUAUUUGGAGUCCGAGCGUCGACGAACCACCACGACCACUACCGCACGAGACAUUGAGAGACGCCAUACCGGUCGCUCUCGUCACCACGAACUCGAGCGUCUUGCCACAAGUGCACAAGAUCCGGGCAGCGAAGGCAAGAGCGGAGCGAGCAAGCAGAGGUAUCGAGGACAACACGACUCAGCGAUAGUGAAUAGCUUGAUGAAGGCACGACGGAGGAGGAACAAAGCCGAGAAACACGGCGGAGACGAACAUGAUGGCGAGACCAAAGACGAGGCAUGCCGCGACUCGCAUCGACGUGUCGUAUAG